AUGUCCGAGGUCAGUGCAUCGUUUCACGAACGCGUGCUGACGGACGCUUUCAUUUGCGAAAAACGCAAGGAAUAUGAAGAGAGCAAGCCGUAUCAUCAUGCAGUUGUUGAUGGUCUGAUCAACGACGAGCUCUUGCGGCGCGCUCGCGACGAAAUCAUGGAAGAACUCCACUUUACCGAGAAAGAGACGGAUAUCUACAAGGUAAACCAAACUGGCGAUUUGGCGAACCUCGAUGGCCUGCCUGCCGAAGAGGCCAAGCGUCUAGAGGCUUUGCUACAAGUGCGCAAUGCAAUCUACUCGGAGCAGUUCCGUACGUGGAUCCAGCGCGUGACGGGAUGCGGCCCGUUGAGUGCGGUCAAGAAGGACAUGAGCAUUAAUGGCUAUGUGAGCGGAUGCCACUUGCUGAAUCACGACGACGUGAUCUCUACGCGCCGUGCCUCAUACAUCCUCUACCUUCCGGACCCCAACGAGCCGUGGGAUCCAGCGUGGGGCGGCGCUUUGGAGUUGUACCCCGUCAAGGAAGCACACGAGCCAGAAAAUAUCCCAAGCCUUGCCAUCCCCCCACGUUGGAACCAGUAUACAUUGUUCGGGGUGCAGCCAGGCCACUCGUUUCACAGUGUCGAAGAGGUCGUGCAUCCGACCAAGAACAGGCUCAGCAUCUCGGGCUGGUUCCACCGACUCCAGCCUGAAGAGCCUGGGUUUUCACAAGUGGAAGAGGACCAGGAGUUGCAGGCGGAGAGGGAGUUCAGCAGCCUCGGGAGCCUCUCCUCGCGAAAGUGGGCAAGCCCGUUUGCGCCGUACCCUGAGGCAUAUGACAUGCCGCUCCCAGGCUCGCCCAUUCCCCCGGAGCACUUGCGGUUCCUCGCGCACUUUUUGAAUCCUGCAUACCUUACCGCAAAAAUCCAAAAGACCUUGUUCGAGAAGUUUGGCGAAGAUUCGCACCUGCUGCUUUCUGAUUUCUUGCGCAAGGAUAUAGCCGACGCCCUGGAAGACACCUUGCGCGCGAAGGAUGAGCUAGACGGUCUGGUCUGGUGGAACACCGGCAAAAAGGAGCAAGUGACGUGGGAUGCCGUGCGAAUUCAGCCGCAUGGUGUCGGUACGGCAGAUGCUGCGUCGCCGAGCGAAGAGGACGGUAAGUGGAUGCUGGCGGGCCCGCCGCACCGCGAGCGGUUUGCCAUGUUGCAAAACGCAGUGACUCCUACAAGCGCUGUGCCAUUUGAUUACACUGUUAAGGCAUCGCCGCUGCCAAGCCUCGGGGGCGCCGCAUCAGAUCUGCUGGGCUGCCUAGUAAACGUGCUUUUUCCGUCGCAGGCGUUCCGCCAUUUCAUCGCGAACAUCACGCAGCUUAUCCCGCUGGCAGGGCGCCCGAUACGCGCGCGUCGUUUCCGCCCGGGAUUGGAUUAUACGCUCGCGCGGUCUGAUGAAGAGACGGUGCUGGACUUGACGCUGACGCUGACGCCGGACGUACUUGCGCGUGCAAAAAAGGUCAUGCGCCAGACGACGAAACCUAAAGGGCUUGCAGGGAAGCGCAAGAGCGGCGGAAAAGGCGCGGAGAUUUUGACAAAGAAGGAUGUCAAGCAACUCGAAGAGAUGUGGGACCGUGGAGAUAUUGGCGGUUGGGAAUGUUAUUUGGCACCGCACGAAGGCGAGGAAGAUCCUGCCGUGUACCAAUCUGCAUCGUCGCGCCGCGCUGAAAAAGACGAGGGAGAGGACGGAGAGGAGGGAGAGGAGGAUGAAGAUGACGACGACGACGACGACGACGACGACGACGACGACGACGAAGAUGACGAAGAUGACGAUGGCGUCCUUCUGAACGUGACUCCUAGCUUCAACACACUCAACCUUGUCAUGCGCGACGAAGGUGUUCUCCGUUUUGUAAAGUACCUCGCUGCAAGCGCAGGCGGCAGUCGCUGGGACAUUUCCGCAGAGUAUACGGUCGGCGCCGCGGAACUCGAAGAGAUGGACGAGGACGUGGAUUCAAAUAGUUGA